AGUCGUGUAACUUGUAAAGCCAUUUUCUUCCUUCGCUAUAAAUAUCUUUCAUUAAUUGUUCAACAUUAUUCUAAACUUCACCAGAAUAACAAACACCAAAUUCAGAUCAGAUCAGUAAAAAAUGACACUAUUGAUGAAAACAAUAACAUCUUCUAGAAGAAGAGUUAAUGAUGAAAAGAGCUGUCAACAAGAUUUUAAGGAAUUUUACUACAAAGCAGCUGAUCAAAAUAAUGAUAAUCAAUUAGGUGUUAAAAAUGGCGGAAUUAUUGAUACUAAUAAUAACAAUAAAGGUUUAGAAUCGUGGUCAUCAGCUUGUAUAACAUCAUUAACAGUAUGGAGGAAAUCACUGUUAAUGAGCUGUAGUGGGUUUACUGUUAUUGAUUCUAAAGGUAAUCUUGUUUAUCGAGUUGAUAAUUAUCGUGGUCGUCCCGGUGAGAUUGUUCUUAUGGAUGCUUCUGGAACUUCCGUCCUCACUAUCCGUCGUCAAAAGACACUGCGAUUAGUAGAUGACUGGCUGGUGUACAAAGGAGAUGCUAGUAAUAAUAAUUCCAAGAAAAAGCAGCCAAUAUGCUAUGUGAAGAAGAAUGUGAGCUUACUACAUGGUCAUUCCAAUGUACUAGCUCAUGUUUAUUUAGGAACAAACACCAAGAAUCCUACGUAUCUGAUUGAAGGCUCCUACGGACAACGAUCAUGUAAGGUGUUAGAUAAAUCCUCAAACAAGAUCGUAGCUGAGAUUAAAAGAAAGGAAGCCGCGAAUGGAUGUGCUUCGUUUGGUCUCGAGGUUUUUCAGUUGAUCGUGUACCCAGGAUUUGAUUCUGGGUUCGCCAUGACUAUGGUGUUGUUGUUAGACCAGAUGUUUAGCUGAAAUUUUAUGUUUAUAGUGUCUUGGUUUGUGCCCCUCUGGCCUUUCUAGCUUGCCAAGAUGAGGGCUUGUUAAGACUAUAUUUAUUGUCUUACUAAUGGAGGAUAUUGGUAGACUAUGUAGUAGUAUAUGAUAUAGUAUAUAUGUAUGAUGUACUCUAUCUAGCUAACUUGCUAAAUGUCUUAUCUAACCAAUGGUGUAUCAUGAAAAAAAGAUAUACUAUAAUUUUUUUAAAAACAAUAAUUUUUUGAAGGCCUGUCUAAUUUCAAUUAU